UGAACGAAAAGUCACCUCGAAUGAAGCUGAAUCCCAUUUCUAUCAUGAUAUUGUUCAGCAGCAGCUUCCUCGUACGUCAUAAGAAUAUAUUUUAAAAACAUCAGGUUCCUCCGUCCCUCCGAUUUCAAAAGUCCGACUCCUAUAUAAUCAAGCCGACCUCCUCCGCGAGGCACCCCUUGGAAAUUUGGAGCUACCAGGGAAAAGCCGGUGGUCGCAAAGAAUCCAUCACAUCGCACUACCAUCCGGCGCACAACAAAGAUGGACGCCGCAACACGCAAAUCCGUAGCCGGCGAGGCCCAGGGAGGCAGCAAACAGCCCUCGCAAAGCUCCUUCCUCACCGGCAGGCUCAACAACAUCCCCGGCCGCUCUUCGUCCACCUCCAUGACCUCCCGCAUCGAUGCCUCCAAACUCGCUGCGGGAUGUCUGCAGGACCUGCCCGAUCUGCAACAGGCCAAGAGUUCAUCCAGAGACAAUCUGUCUGGCUCGAGGGUCAUGGCUGUGCAGUCAAACAGCCAGUACCGCUCCAGUCUUGACCAGCCACCCCAGCAGAAGCAGUCGCAGAGCACCCUGGCCAAAACUGCCAUGAAGAAUUCCAUGAACAGCGUCCAGCGCAAACCAGCCGCGGUGUCGAGGUUCGGCUCCAAACAUGAUGUCGAAGCCGGUGUUCCUAUCGACCGAGAUAGCGCGAUUAAGGGUACGGCCCAGGCGGAGGAUAUUGUGGAUGAAGGUUUGAUGCGCAAGGCAGGCGGCAAGGAGGGUGUGAUCAGUUUCCGUGAACCCAGGUGGAAGAAGUGGUUGUCGAUCCGCACCACUAUCAUCGUGCUGUUCAUGACGGCCCUCAUCUUCAACGGGCUGUUUAUCUUCAUCUUCAUGCUCUUGCGCAACCAGGAGAACGUCAUGGACCUAGCAACCCAAAUCCAAGACACAAUCAUCCAAGACAUCACCGACCGCCUCCUAACCCGUCUCCGCGCCGCCGAAUCCCUCGAACGCACCAACGUCGCCAUGAUCCGCGCCGGCACCCACAACGUCGAAACCGUAUCCGGCCUGCAAGCCUACGCCGAAUCCAUGCAGCUGCUGCUCACCGCUAACCCAAACACCUCCUCCGACGCAUACGUGUUCCCGCUCAAUGAGAAUGGUGGCGGGUGCUGGGGCGCAAUUUUCGGGAAUGAUAAGAAGUUGCAGAAGUGGAAUGCGACGGGGACGCCGGCGUUGCCAGAUAAUAAGGCGAGGUUUUAUACGUGGGGACAUGAUGAGAAUGGGGAUUAUAAUGUGCUGGUUAGUAAUGCAUCGGCGUGGAUCGACUAUGAUGACCCCACAUAUGAGAUGGUGUACAACGUCGAGCCCCGCAUCAAUCCCGGCGCGAUGUUAUGGAGUUCUCCCUGGGUGAUCGACAAUCGCCCUUAUGUGACACUGAGUAUGGCUGCGAUCAACCCGGCCGGCGUAUGGGUUGGCAUCGCUGGGACUGACAUUGCGCUCGGCUCCAUCUCUCCCAUCCUCCGCGAAGUCGCCACCAGCGCCUCCUCCGACGCGAUCCUCCUCAUCGUUAACCGCAAGGACGGCAUGGUCGUCGGCGCCUCGGACCGCGACCUGUCCUACCGCUGCGACGGCCGAAUGACCAACUCCGUCUGCGACGGCACCGUCAGCCUCCUCAAACCCGACAGCCAAUACUUCCCGCAAUCCUACCACGACGCCGACAGGAUCGUCAUCGCGGAGUACGGCGGCUGGGACAAAGUCCACGCCAAACGUAUCUUCACAGGAGAUAUCGACGGCCAGGCCAAAUUCCUCAACGUCGCACCCCUCGACACGGGCGCUUCCAACCUCCAAUGGGCCGUCGUCCUAAUGAUCAACCAAUCCGACUUCCUCUCCGGGGUCACCACCUCCCGCAACGUCGCCAUCGGGGUCUUCUGUGGGUUGUUGGCGGUAUCGAUUGCUCUGACGUUUGUGUUUGCGAUGGGGAUCACAAAGCCGUUGGCGGAUGUGACGGAUAAAAUGAACAGCUUGUUCAAGGCGAAGGCGGAGAAGAUGGCUAAGUUGUUGGAGGAGGAGGGGACGGAGAGUGUGAGGUCGACGACGACGGUUUAUGAGGAUUCGAACUUGGUGGAGAUUAGGCUUUUGCAAGGUAUGCACGCGUGCAAAUUCGUGCACCCAUUGGUAGUCCAACGCAUCGUCUGGAACGAACCCGGCGCCGCCGAUAUUUGUGUCACGCGGAAGGAGGUGUCGAUCUUCUUCUCCGACAUCAAAGACUUUACAGUCCUCUCCGAACGCCUCCCCGUCGCUGUCCUCAUCACCAUCUUGUCCAAGUAUCUUGGUUUUAUGACUGAGAUUAUCGCACGCUAUGACGGCAUCGUCGCGGAUUUCAUUGGUGAUGCUAUCAUGGCAUUUUGGGAAGACAGCCCCAACCACGCGACGCUAGCGGUGCAAUGCGCCUUGGACCAGCAGGCGGCGAUGGCGACGUUCAAUCAGAUGUUGGCGGGCAAGGGGUAUGAGCCCAUGUCGGUGCGCAUGGGGUUGCAUGUGGGGACGGUGCUUGUCGGGAACAUCGGAUCCGUCCACCGCCUCAAAUACGGCUGCGUCGGCGACGACGUCAACCUCUGUUCCCGCCUCGAAGGCCUCAACAAACGCUACAACACCAACAUCGUCCUCUCCGACGAAAUGGCCCGCCAACUCCCCCCUCUCUUCGAAACCCGCGCCCUCGAACAAGUCAUCGUGAAAGGCCGGAGCACCGCAACAUACCUACACGAGCUCUGCGGGACGCGCGAGGGGGUAUCACCGGCCAUCGCUGAGCGCAAUCUGACGUUUGACGCCCUGAGGAAGAGGGUGGAGGUGUUGGAGGAUGUGGAGGGCGAAGAAGGGAUGACGUUGUUGGAAGAGGUGGAAAGGUAUUUGAUGAAUUAUCCGGGGGAUACGGCGGGGGCGCUGUUGAGGGAUCGGUUGACGAGUGGGCAUUUGUCGGGGCCGGUUAAGUUGAUGGAGAAGUAGGGGUGUGGACUGAGGGAAGGCGCGAUUCUGCUUUUGCGCCCGGCUAGUAGGACUGUGGUCCGCUUCGUGGCUGUCUUUUUGGGUUCUUUUGGGGGCAUUCUCUGGAGGGAAGAUAACAUUGCAAGACUGACACGAGGCAUUCUUGAUACGAUACCAUGUCCCUCAGUCCCGCUUCAUCAGGUCCAUCUGCCAUCACUCGACUACCCGAGUUAUUUCUGGUUGCAAUGUAUGUUGUACAUAUGAGCAAAGGUUCGUCUGCCAAUGUCCAUCGUAGAUAUCUGGAAAGCCAAUCGCCUUCCGGGCCCGAC